AAUGUGAACAAUGUAAACAGCACAAUGUAAAGUGUAGACGGAGUUAGUUUUCAGCCUCAUACCUCAUUACAACAUGUCCGUGCUAGCUGGAGACUCCUGUCCCUCUGUUGAUGACGCGGAAGAAGAUUCAGAUCUAGAGGUAGAGGAUGAGGGACCCCAGGCUAAGAAGAGACUGACCGGGGACACGAAACCAGACCGUAUGAGGAUAGCCCACUCAACUGCUGAGAAGAAAAGACGUGAUGCUAUUAAAGAUGCGUAUACUAAUCUAACAAGUGCUAUCACAGUCAUGGGUGAGGAAGAGAAGAAGAAGCUGACUCGAGCUGAGGUGUUGGAUUUGGCUUAUAUUAGAGCUGAAGAUCUUAAGACAAGUAUUGAGGCUAAGAGAGCUGAGAAAGAUGCUUUGCAAAUGAAGCUAUCAGCUCUGAAAGUUAUAUCAGAAGCGUACGAUUCAAUGCCGAUGACGUCCGAAAAAAGCUCCAUCCCACCAGAUCUGAACUGUGUGGUGUCGAACAACAUUAAGCUGAAACUGUUCACAACUUUGAUACUGAAACAGUUUGAGUCAUUCAGUGGGGUGAUAAACACGGAGAACCUCCAGACUCUAGCUACCUCACUCUUCUAUUGGGUUGAAGUUCACUGGAGACCUGUUGAUUUGAAGGAGUAUCUUAUAGGGUUACUGAAGGUUUUGAGGAACAGGUUUGUUAAUAAGAGUGUGCCUGAGCCUGGUCCAACUCUCACUCAGAUCGGGGUUCCUGGCUCUUCUUCAGUCUCGAGGGUUCCAGGCCCUUCUUCAGUCUCGAGGCCCUAUUGAUUAGGUGAUAUGACAACUCUGUGCGGAAUUUAGCGUUGUGUGAAUGGUGAAAUUUAUGGGAGCAAAUUAAAUUAUAUUAACUUCUCAAUAUGUAGGUUACACUUUCAACUUUUUACUUCUUUUUACUUUUUAAAUGCUGAAUAAUUUUAAUUUUUGACGAAGAUUAUUUUCAAGAGUUUUAACCAGAGUUUUACGCUAUAUUUAGGAGUAUUAUGAAGGAAUGCAACCAUUAAUUAGUAGUUGCAUGUUAUAUCUCAGUAAACUUUAUCUUCAAUCUACGACAGACCGAAAAAAAUAACCACAUUUUUCACUUACACUGCAUUUCACGAGCACAUAAUUUAUGAGCAGAAAUUAACAUGAACCAGCCAUGACCUCCUCAAAAUUCACAUAAUAUAUUAUGCGAAUAUAUCUCAGCCAGGUCGCACAGCUGGCCGCGUCCGCACGGCGCUCCACCAAACACACAGUAAUUCCCCGGCGAGUGUCGCAGCAACUCAGGGACACACUGUUUUAUUAUACGUGUGUUCAGCAGUGCAUGAGACUUCACGGUGAUUCGCGUGCUUGCUGGGUCACCAGCACAUGAUACACUGUGUCGGGUAGGGUGGCCCCUUUAUACAGUACCGUCCAACAACGUGCAACACUGUAUCUCACUUGCUUUCCUAAUUAGACACAAUUAGGGAGUGGCCCCCACCCCAGGUAGACGAGAGGGUCAAGAAGCAAAUUCCUGAUCUGUUAGAUCACAGGGGGUGGGGAGGCAACUAUUUAGAAGUACUACCCUAGUGCGAGCGUGUGAUCUGUUGGGAUUACCCGCGUUAUUUUCACAUCCAAUUACAUAUCGUUAUGUCGGUGCUUUGUGUAAUUUCUUGUCGGUCCUCUCUUGGAAGUUUUGAAUAUUUUUGUAAUAAUUUGGUAUUCAUGUUAACAUUUUA